CUCCUCAAUAACACGCACAAUGGGAAAUUGGGGAGGUAGAGGCAACGGACAGAUGUGUGAUGCGCUUACUUAACCGUGGGCGAUUUCACAUAUCAACAUAAACUUUUAUUUGCCCUCUCUCCGACGCAGCUUCUUUGACCAGGCUGAGCUAUUGAUACUCGCUAGACCUGCGUUUUAUAUAUAUUUUUGCUGCCAGCACCGAUGCAGCGGUGGAUCUUUUUUUUCGGGAAUGGGGAUGAUACUCAAUAAAUAGAUCCUGUUGAAUUGAGACAAGACAACGCCGAGACGCGUCCAAAAAGUGUAAUCCCUCGAGUGCAAUCGAACACAGAUGUAUAGGUGAUAUGUUCGCCGGUUGGAUACGUCGAGGGAUUUUAAUAUUCCCAAAACAAGAUGCGAAAUUGGGCAAACCAAGGAAUUGCAUCCUCACCUACAGCACAUUUUGUAAGGUGCUGAGACGAUUUCGUUCGGCCUUUAUCAUAUCUGCUUAAGACGUCAGAGGAAUAAAGUCAUUCAGAAUCACUGAAGGUGUACAGCAUAAAAGGGCCGGUAUUCUCAUCACCUAAAAUGGCAACCAGGAGGGACCACGAAAAGGCAAAAAUGCCGUAUUUCUGCAAGUACUCACACUGGAGUUAAGCACCUGAGGGACAAAUUAGGUGGUUUUGUGAAUAUAUUGUCCAAUAUCUGGUGAUAUCUGGCCUACCCAUCCACAGCCUAUAUUCACUUGGCUGUAAUAAUGAUGUCAUAAAAUAAAUGAGGAGUCAGUUUACAAAAAUAUAUUCAUGUGAUUUUUGUCAACGACAAUGUGAACUAUAUUCCAAAAAUUGACCUUUAAUUACGCAUUCUUAACUCACCUAAGACUCACUGAAUAACAGGUGCCUGCUAUCUGUCAAAGCAGGAUCAACCAACCUGUGCGCCCUUUGCUACAAUUUGCUACUUUCCAUUGUCCUACACGAGUCGUCGCUAAAGGGAUUAUAUCAUUCACUCAGAACUGAAUUUACACCCUUCUCAAAAUGGAGUUUGCCAUGAUAGGUGCAGAUAAUGGGUGCAAAACUCGACUGCCUUACGGGUAUGCUCGCGCACGGGAAAGGGAGCACGAAAGGGAGAGACAGGUACAGCAGGCAACAGCCGCUGCGGAAGGUGCAGCAAGUGGAGAGGGGGGGGAGUCCUCUGGCCAUCUCCUUAACAACCACCAGCAGCAUCAGUCUCGCACCGCCUCCUCAUCAAAUGCCAACAACAGUAGCGGCAGUACCGCCUCGCGCCCCUCCUCUUCGCAACAGCCACAGCAGCACUACCAUGAGUCCGAGCAGCAGGUUCUCAGAGAAAGGAAAAAGCAACGCGGCGUAGGACGUUGGAGAAGGAGUCGCCAGACUCUCGGUGGGGAUUUGCGCCACUCGGAGUUGGCGCUACUUGGAUCAGAGGAGGAUAUGAUAGAGGAGGACGAGGCGGAAGGCGGGGAAGAGGAGGACAGGGGAAGCAAGAGUUCCAGUUUUCUCUGUAAUAUGGAUGAUGAAGAGACUGUCUCACUCACAGACAGACGUCCCCAAUCAGGAUACGCAAAUGUUUACAGUGAAUAUGGGUGCAGCGAAAGAGUUGUUAUUAAUGUGUCGGGACUAAAGUUUGAAACUCAACUUAAGACUCUCACACAGUUUCCUGACACUCUUUUGGGAGACCCGGACAAACGAAUCAGGUACUUCGACCCUCUAAGGAAUGAAUAUUUUUUUGACAGGAACCGACCAAGCUUCGACGCUAUUCUUUAUUAUUACCAGUCAGGGGGGCGACUGAAGAGACCCCAAAAUGUACCUUUUGACAUCUUCUCUGAGGAGGUGAAAUUCUAUGAACUCGGAGAGGAGGCAAUACUGAAGUUUCGGGAGGAUGAGGGUUUUGUCAAAGAGGAAGAGAAACUCUUACCAGAGGACGAGUUCAAACGCCAAGUUUGGCUUCUUUUUGAAUACCCAGAGAGCUCACAACCUGCGAGAGGGAUUGCAGUCGUGUCCGUUUUAGUCAUCGUUAUAUCAAUAGUCAUUUUCUGUAUGGAAACGUUGCCAGAGUUCAGGGACGAAAAAGAAUACCUUAAACCACGAGACAAUUCGACAGAACCUCAUGGACAGACUCCUUUUAACGACCCUUUUUUCAUUGUGGAGACGGUAUGCAUUAUUUGGUUUUCAUUUGAGAUUAUAGUGCGCUUCUUUGCAAGUCCAAGUAAAACGGAUUUCUUUAAAAACAUUAUGAAUACUAUAGACAUUGUAUCCAUUUUGCCUUAUUUCAUCACGCUCGGCACAGAUCUUGCUCAACAGCAAGGCAAAGGGGACCAGGCAAUGAGUUUUGCAAUAUUGAGAAUAAUCCGCCUUGUCAGAGUCUUUCGCAUCUUUAAACUCUCCAGGCACUCCAAAGGACUGCAGAUCCUCGGACAUACCCUCCGCGCCAGUAUGAGGGAACUAGCGCUUCUGAUUUUCUUCCUCGUUAUUGGUGUUAUUUUGUUCUCAAGUGCAGUGUACUUCGCCGAGGCAGACGAACCCGCGUCUCAAUUCACAAGUAUUCCCGACGCUUUUUGGUGGGCUGUCGUCACUAUGACCACGGUCGGAUAUGGAGACAUGAAACCAAUUACUGUCGGUGGCAAGAUAGUGGGCUCGCUCUGUGCCAUAGCGGGUGUGUUAACCAUAGCUCUUCCAGUGCCCGUCAUUGUAUCCAACUUCAAUUACUUCUACCACAGGGAGACUGAUAAUGAAGCAGACCCGCCACCGGUUGUUGAAGCCCCACCACCUGUCUGCCCCUAUUUCCCCAACUUUCUUAAAAAAUUCAAAGGGUCCCCCUCGGGCUCUUCGCUGGGUGAUAAAGCAGAGUACAUGGAGAUGGAAGAGGGGGUAACGGAGUCGCUGUGUGGGGUGGAUACAAGCCUGAGUAAAGGAAACGGGACAGACAUUGGCAGGAAAAACAGUACAAGUUCAAAGUCACAACAAACUGACGUGUGAUGACAAAACAACAACAUUAUUCUCGUGAAGAAAGAUAUGCUGUCAUAUCACACACACAUAGGUGGUCCGACUCACACAAGUGCGCACUUGCGCGCAUGCACACACACACUUUAUAUUUAGCUAGACCUUGGGAAGCUCAAACGUGGUGUUUUAUUCUGCUUAGAGGAAUAUAGGCCUACGGAUUUAUAACUAUUAUGACCAAUGUAAUCCGAUGAUAUCAGAUACAGGCUACCUAUCUGGGCCUCGUAAAUCUACAAAUAAAAUCGAAAAUAUUUAAGGGACAGGCUAUGCACUUUAUCAGUUUCAUUUGUCAAUAAUGGAAGGGGAGAUGUAGUUAUUGUUUUGCUGUUAUGCGAUAAAGUCCAAGUUUAUAGUAGGCCUAGUUUGCACUAUUGUAAAAGCUUGUUUGAGACGCUGACUUUCAAGAGAGAUAGACUUGGAAGUUAUGCUGAGAGACAGGAACUGUAGGACAUAUGGCAACCUAGACACCCUUUGUCUGACAUAAUGAGCAUUGAGAUGUUUUUAUUCUGAACAAUAAUGAAUUCUUAUUGCGUUUCAGUGUAGGUCUAACCCCUCUGUGUACACAAUAAAAUAAUCAUUCAAUAUCGAUCGGAAACAUUGAAAUAGCUAAAUCAUUUGUGAGAUUCUUGAGUAAAUGAGCAUGAUGCCUAUUUUGGCAGCACACUGAGGUCAACAAGGGAGACGCUUGGCAAACAACAUUCUUUGCAAUGAUCAGGACAAAAUGAAGCCUUCUAUUGACCGAACACCGAGGUGAAGCACAGGAGUUACACUAGCUACUCUGCAGACUGACAUGAGAAAUUGCUCCACACUGGCUGUCACGAGAGGUCCUGCACGGGAUAUCUUGCGCCACUACAACUCCGUCCCUUUAAAACCACCUCAAACUAACUGACAAUAUCCCUUUACACGGACGUUGACUGAAGCUUAUCUGGGGAAAAAAUGACUGUCAUCAUGGAAACUUUGGGUUUGUGAACUUAAUCUCUUAUUUGUUGGACAGUGCACAUUUCUCUAAAAUGAGAAAGGAAGGUCUGUUGGUCAUCCCAGAAAGCACCAAGAUCUCCAGCAGGCGGUUGUUUUCCAAGUGCUGUCAGUUGAUGGCUUAGGAGAGGAUGUGCUGGCUGGUACUCUUGGAAUUGUCAGAGAAAGAGCAAAUAUUAUGACUGGUCAUCUGGGGUGAGACAACGGACAUCGAUAACCACAGAUCUACUGCAAGAGUGAACCCAGCGAUCGGACAUCGGAAGUUUGAAUGGACAAAUUAGACAUUGGGACACUAUACGGAGUGCACAAGGAACGAAAAUCUUUCCUAGUAAACCUGGAGGCAGGGAAAUGAGUAAGUCAUGUCCCAAAUGAUUGCCUUAAUUAUUACAUAUAUACCUAUAUAUGAAGUGAUGAAACUAGAGACUUAUCCGAGUUCAAAUAUGUUUUUCAUUAUGUGUGAAACAGUGUCUUGUAAGGAAGAGAUGUGAAUAUUUUAAUAAGAUAGAGAAAAAUUGUUUGGUUGUAAUGUCGACAAUGUUUUAGUUGGGUCUGCUUUGUAGGUGUCAUUGAUAACCAAAUGGUGGAGCUGCUCUCUUCUUGCUUGCAGCCAGCAGAAUGAGUCAAUCUAUUUUUAUCUCGUUUCGUAUUGUCAACCAAAAUAAGGCUGGCUUGAGGCGGAGCUGCUCGCUCAGCUACCAGCUACAAUGUCUUUCAAUUCACAACAUCAUGUUAUGACAACCAUAUUCCAAUUCAGAAAGGAGUAUGGAGUCAAAAAUUAGACAAAAUGACUCAAUAUACAUGAAACAUAUCUGAUUAUUUUUCUCCUCUAUUUUUCACAUACUGUAAGCAUCUGGUCACACACUCUCAAACACAAAAGAUGUCAGGUACGCACACACGUACACACGCACUCGCUCAUGCACACACACACACACACACACACUCACACAGAAUGAUCUACCGAAGUGACACAAAGGGUUUUCCCUACGAUGCAAAUUGUAUUAUGUUAGUGAUAGAAUUGAUCAGCUGCUUUGUUGACGCAAACCUCGAUCCAUUUGAAGUUAACUGUAUGCAAAGUAACAUGGAAGUGUGUUAUAUAUAUUUUUUUAAACCUAGCCUUGACUAUAUUACUUAACCAAAGUUUAAACCCUGAUUUUAUUGUGGUGGACACUUCCUCUGGAGAUGUCGUGAAAAUAGAUACACAUUGAAUAGAACAUAUAUGUACAUAUGCUGAUGUUUAUAUUUACGUGUCCUACGAUGUGUCGCAAAUCAUGACAUUCGAGACAAUUCUAUUUAAUUUGACUGUUAACAAUGUUCAGAUCUUCAGAAGUCAUGUUCCAUUUUUAUUUACAUGAACAUUGAACAUGUUGUGGAUGCUGCUCCAACAAGAUCCAUGAUUUUCCACUUCAAUUUGAGUUUUUUUUGACAAAUGGGCUAUUUCUUCUUUAUGUGCUGUUCUCAUAUAACUGCUCGUAGAAAAUCCGCCCACUCUCUUUAGGCCUGCUUUCAAAGACACAGAUUUGUAUGCACUGCUUGCUUGUUGCAGCAUUGUCAGACAAAUCAAGUGUUUGCUUUUUUAAAACAUAAAUGCCAUCUUAUGUUUAUCCCCAUCCUUCUUUCAUUCAGUCAACAGCCAAGAACUUAGUAAUGCUCGCUCCUGGGCGUACUGUCUAUUAUUGUGAGGUCGGCCCAUGAUGACUGUGCUUCAGAGCAUCAACUACACAGAGUUCUUUAUUUUGUUUAUGUUACUGAAAGGGGUGGAACCUAAUAUUUUAUACUGUAUUAUUUGCAUAGGCAAUGUACUGCAUUUCUAUAUUCUCUUCCAUAAAAAGAAAACUAACAUAUUUCAUUGUACUGUCUGAAAAGACAUAGAUCACUUGAAUCCGGAGAUGGAAAAUGCUCUGAUAUCUCCCCCCCCACCCCCCA